AUGCCUUCAUUAUCGAAAACUCCAUUUCUUAUUGGUGUCUCCGGAGGGCCAUGUUCUGGUAAAUCCACAGUAUGCCAACGAAUUGUCGAUGCUUUACAGCCGGAGAAUUCAACUGAUCAGACAAAGCGUGUUACUGUGAUAGCAAUGGAGAAUUUUUAUAAGCCGAAGACACCGGAACAACGUGAUAUGGCAUUACGUGGAAAUUACAAUCUUGAUCAUCCAGAUGCAUUUGAUGAAAAACUUUUAUACAGUACUUUAAAAAAGCUACUCAACGGCGAAACUGUUCAAAUCGCUCGGUAUAAUCCUGCUAAAUAUGAACAUACCGAAGGAGUAUUCGAUACAAUCGAAUCUGUACCAGUCCUUAUUGUCGAAGGCAUUCUCGUUUUUUAUUUCCCAGAAAUUCGAAAUCUCUUUCAAAUGAAAUUAUUUGUUGAUACAGAUGCGGAUACACGUUUGGCUCGUCGUGUUCUGCGUGAUAUGAAACAGCAUGGUCGUAGCUUAGAAAAUAUCUUAACUGGCUAUACAAAUCAUGUUAAACCCUCAUUCGAAGAUUUCUGUCUACCAACAAAGAAAUAUGCCGAUGUGAUUAUACCACGUGGUGCUGAUAAUCAUGUUGCUGUUGACCUUAUCAUUCAACAUAUUAGAGAUUUUUUCAAAGCUAAAUCUGAAAAACAUGAAAAUCAACAAUCAAUCGAGAAGACUCUGCCAGCACGACCUCAUUAA